AUGGGCCGGAUCCCAUGCUGCGACAAGGACAACGUGAAGCGCGGGCUGUGGACGCCCAAGGAGGACGACAAGCUGCUCUCCUACAUCACGCAGUACGGCACGCGCAACUGGCGCCUCAUCCCCAAGAACGCCGGCCUGCAGCGGUGCUCGAAGAGCUGCCGGGUGCGGUGGACCAACUACAUGCUGCCCGACCUCAAGCACGGCGAGUUCACUGACGCCGAGGAGCAGACCAUCAUCAAGCUGCACCCCGCACUCGGCAACAGGUGGUCGUUGAUCACGGCCCAGCUGCCGGGGCGGACUGGCAACCACAUCGAGAACCACUGGAACACCAAGCUCAAGAAGAAGCUGUCCGGGAUGGGGAGACCCCGUGGAGCGGUGGCGUUGCAGGAGCACCAGCGGCCGCAGCACAACAGCAGUAGAGCGCGGCCUCUAAUCUCCGACGGAACCCACGAGGUGCAGGAGGUGGCACAUCCAGUGCAACAGCCUGAACCAAUGGGCAGGCGCCGCUCAGCGCGCAUCGCCGGGCAGCCGGCUCUCUGA